GCUCCCUUUAGCCCAAAACCUCCGUGUCCUAUGAGGUUAGUGGUUCCUGGACCAAGUGUGGCCUACCCUUGCAAGUCCUGCUGUGGUGGACCCCUGGACUGACUCCUGAAGAUGACACGGACCCCCAUGCUGCUUGCUCACCCCAAGAGGCUGCGGUUUACAUCAUCCUUGGGCGUGGGGCUGACCUCGAAGAACGAAUUCGAAGAAAACGGGAGGAGGAGCGGGCAUGUCAUGGCGCCUGGCGCCCAUUGGCCGCCUGGGGAGACUUUGGUUUUUGGGGUCAUGUUCCCAGAAGGCCUGCCCUUCCCCCUCCCCCUCCCCACCCACCUCACGAGGUGUUGGCCAAUCGGCCCGUCGGGCAUAAAGUGGCUGCCAGUCCGCAGGACACCCAGCCAAGCCGUGUCACCCCUGAGAGGCACGGGCCGAAGCACCAGGACCCAGCAUGCAGACACAGCUUCCACCAAGAACACUGUUCAGUUUUGCCAUCAGUCUCCUGUUCCUGAGCAUGGCACCGGCCAAGCGCGGCUGCUCCUGCUCCGCCCCACAGCUCCUCAGCCAGCUGCAGAGUCAGGCGAACAUCACCGGGGACAUGGAAUCACUCUUGGAACCCUAUAUCCGCCUCCAAAGCCUGAGCUCACCGGCCCUGAGAGCUGCCUGCACAGGGCACCCUGCACAGGCCUUCCCCAGUGAGGACACACUCCGACACCUGAGCAAGUCUCACUUCCUGAACACCGUGUAUGUCACGCUGGAGAGAGUCUGGCACCAACUGGGUGCUUUAAGAGAGCAAUUUCUGAAGACUCGGGCUUUUCUACAGCUGGAGUGGACCAGGCAGAACAUCCAAGGCAUAAGGAACAAUGUUUACUGCAUGGCCAGGCUGCUCCGACACCCUCUGGAGAUAACACAGGUGGACUCUGGGGUCUCUCCCUCCCCUACCACAGCAUCAGGCACCUUUAAGACCAAGAUAGACAGCUGCCGCUUCCUCUGGGGAUACCAUCGCUUCAUGGGCUCAGUGGGGAGGGUCUUCAGGGAGUGGGAAAAUGGCUCCAGACGCAGCCGAAGACACAGCCCUCUCAGGGCCUGGCGCAAGGGAGCCCGCAGAAUCUGACGCUCCAGGAGCAGCCAGAGCCCGAUGCCCAGGGUCCAGGUGCCCUGGUAGCCUGAGGACACACUGGCAGACAGGUCUGUUGAUACCGGAUGAUGCCUCUCAGAGUCUUUCAAAGCUGCUCCUGUGUCCUGGGCCACGCAGAAGAGCCCUUUAGGGGGUGAAGUUGAGUGUCCCUUACUACCACUAAGGACUGCAAGGAUAGUCAGAUUAUUGUGCCCCCACUCCAAGCCUCCAGUCCUAGUAGUGGCUGGGUCAGGCCAUAUGGGGCCAGAGGCUUUCCAUUGAUUCAGGGGUCUGAUGACACAAGCUGAUUCACCGCUGGGCUGAACCCCUUGGUCCUUUCCUCUCAUGACUUGAAGCUGUUGCCUCCAGACUUCCUCUUUUCCCUGUAAUCUGCAUUCCAAAGAGAGGUCUGGUCCGGUGCUCUCUCUUAUGCCUUGUCCCACUCAGGAUAGAUACCUGGACAUCUGGGUGACCUCACACACAGCUGCGACAGGGGCAGGGUGUCCUAGAAGAAACACUGAUCUGGGAGUUCAAGGGAAGAGGACUCAGAGCUUGUUCCCUAAUUCUCUGUGUGACUGUGAGCAAGACACUUUAUAUAUCCGAAUGUCACUGUUCUCUGUGGAGAGCUGUGCUGUGUGUGUGGGUCCUUAUGUAACACCCCCCCUCCACCGGUCAGCUGCUGGACUCUGACAUAGGGUGGACAUCAAAGGCUCUGUAAACGGGAACCUAUGGUGCAAACCGUCGUGGGGUGGAUUUAUGGGAGAUCUCCCAGUGCCUGCAAGCCCUGUCUUGGAUCCUCACUGCUUGGUGCUCCCUCUGGUGGUGUGUUGUGUGGAAUCUUUCACAGGCUGAACCAGUCCUCUUGAAAGGACAGAAGCUGAUGAGCAAUUACUUGGAGGGACAUGACUAAUUUAUUGUUUUAUUUUUUUUAUCAGUUUAAUCCAUUUUAUAUUUAUAAGGCCUAUUUAUAAUGUAUAUUUAAUGUUAAUAUUUUGCUAACGUAUUUAAAAAAUUGCCUCAUUUCUAAA